CCCGGGGACCAGACUGGACGGAACCGGAUCGGAGAGGAGGGGACGGGACGGAACGAGGCUCUGUAGGCUGGGCCGGCACCAUGAUGCCUGGGCUGUGGGAGAGCCUGCUUCCUGUCAGGCAGCUCUGUAUCCUGCUUCUGCUCACAGGUGAUCUGGGCCUGGGAGCCGCCGCUACCCCAGGGAUACCAGGGAGCCCGUGUGUUGGCCUGAGUCAGAGCCCCAGGUUCGUGGCCAGGAAGCGGGGCUCCACAUUCCAAGUGGCCUGCUACUCUGCCUCGUCCUUGGGGGUCAACGUGAGCUGGUACCGGCAGCGGGAGCGGGAGCUGGAGCCCCAGGCCCUGUGGCCGGAUGGGACGCGGAUGGAAACGGUGAAGAACGGCUCGGGGUUCCUGCUCACCGUCCGCAAGAUCCAGUUUGAGGACAAUGGCGUGUACUACUGCCGUCUGGACGGUGCCAGCGACACUGGGGAUGUCUUGUGGGGCUGCGGGACAGAGCUCAGGGUCAUGGGGUACAGCACCAUUGCUGAGCUGCGCAGGCGCAACACGCUCAAGGAUGCCAUCAUCAUGGUCCAGACCCUGCUCAUCAUCCUAUUUGUCAGCGUCCCGGUCUUCCUGUUGCUGGAUAAGGAUGACAGCAAGACCAGCCUGGAGGAUGAUCACACCUAUGAGGGGCUGGACAUUGAUCACACCGCCACUUAUGAGGACAUUGUGACGCUGCGCACGGGCGAAGUCAAGUGGACAGUGGGAGAGCAUCCUGGUCAGGAGUGAGGGGACCAGCCACUCUGCCCCCCAGACUCUCCAGACCCCUGCCAGCCUGGUGCCUAGGCAUCAGGGUCCUGGCUCAGCUAGACCCAGAGACCCCCACCCCAAGGUCAUAGCCAGGAGCCCUCAGCUCCCCGACCCCUCCCCCGACCAGACCAGUCACCUCCCUGCAGUGACCCUUUGCUGGGUCACCUCUCAGGGUUCAUCUCAGCCGGUGUUGACUAGGCUGAACCACAGCCGGCGACGGGGAGGUGGGGGCUGGGGGACGGAGAGGGGAAGGUCCACUCCAGACCUGUGCCCCUCCACCCUCCCACCAAGGUCCAGUCCAGGACUGUUUGUCCAUACAACCCUGUCCUUGUCCCAAAAGACAGAAUAAAACUGUUGGAAAGUUG